AUGCUGGAGCUGGCUGACUUGCCCCUGCAGAAGGGCUCCGUGGAGCUCCUCAAGCAGAGAUGGGAGUCUGCCAAUGCGACAAGACCAGGCCUGAUGUUCCAGCACCCACCACUCCCACCACCCCUGGUGCCAGACAGGAUGGUCCUGGAGAAGAUGCCAUCAGACAGCAGGAGGACAGAUGUGUUCAAGGAGGAGCCUGUAGGUGGAUCUCAGCUGGAGCAUGUCCCUGUCACAGUGGAGGAGCUGCGGAGCCACUUUGAGGCACUGGGCGGCAGGAAGGAAACAGAAAGUGAGAGAAAUUCACUUUCAUCACCAUUGAAGAGUCAGCCUGGGAACCAUUCUGCCAUUUCUCAGGAGGAGUCUAGUGUGAAAAGAGGGAGAGCAAUCUUUGAAAAGAUGUCAUCAGAAAAUGGCCACAGCAACAGCUCUGAAGUGGAGUCUCGCAAACUUGUAAGAGGACUAUCUAAGGACAGCACUCCCAGGGCUGAUAACACACUGCUGGAUUUCCAGGAGACUGUCUCCUUUAAAGAAAGAAUGGCUAUGUACAAGGCUGCUGUGUCCUUUGCCCAUAGUUCACAGAAGACCAAGUUCUGUACUGUGCCUGGUGGCCUGGCAGCAGUGAGGAAACAAUUUGAGAAAGUACAAAGGAUGUCUCCAAAAAAGACCUUUGUUCAGUACCAGCACCAGCAAAGAUCUCUACAGGAAACAUCAAGUAGAAGGCACCACACAGUAUCAAGCAGCACCAGGGAAGCUGAGUGCAAUGAAAUGACCUCCAAAGAAAAACAGACAGAAGCCUCUCAAACACAAGAGGUUUCUCCUCACGAGCAAGUUAUUAAUGAAAUGAAAAAGGCUUCUACAUUCACUCAGCAUGAAACAGUAAUCAAUUCAGCUCAGAAUGAAGAGCUCCCAAAGACUGUAACACAGAUUUUAAAAGAGCAGAUUGAGAAGGCAGCUCAGGAAAAGGCUGUUCACUCUGACAGAGAGAUCACAACAUCUGCUAAAGAAGUAAAGAAACUGCAGAUUCAGGAAUAUGAAACAUGCAAACUCUGCCAACAGAGAGUUUACCCCGUGGAAUGUCUCGUUGCUGAUAAGCAGAAUUUUCACAAAUCGUGUUUCCGAUGUCACCACUGUGGCAGUCAGUUAAGCUUGGGAAAUUAUGCAUCUCUCCAUGGAAAAAUAUAUUGUAAACCCCAUUUUAAGCAACUUUUCAAAUCAAAAGGAAAUUAUGAUGAAGGUUUUGGACACAAGCAGCAUAAGGAAUUAUGGAAUUCUAAGGAUCAACUUAGUUCAAUUAACAAAACUCAAGCUGAAGAAACAAAUCCCAUUAAUAGCAUACCUGUUGAUCCUAAACCAAUUACAGAAGUUGAUAAAGGCUUGUACUCAGGUACUGAUGGGGCUCAUCCUGAUAUUUUGGAUAAUAAUUUGAAAACCACAGAAAGAGGUAAAUUAAAAAUGACAUGGCCUCCUUCAACAGAUGAUGCAACAUCUAAGAAAACAUUCUCUAUUGAAGAAUCAGCUAAAGUAAAUAAGUCAAAGUGGCCCCCAGAAGGUAUUGCUCAAGAAGAUUCCAGUUUAUAUACAAAUAAAUCUCUGGGCAACAAAAAGGAAUCUCAGAAAAAUCCCACUGUGAUGGAGCAAAAUAAAAAAAACACCACAAAUUCACAACAAAAUCAACACUCAUCCACUCUGUCUGAAAAACAGAGUACAAAUACCGGUAAAGUAAGGAAAAAUGAAGCAGGCAAUAAUGGAAAGGAUGAGGAAGCUGGAACAGUGCAAGAUAUGGUGAAUAAACUAGAAGCAUCAGAGAAGAGGGAGCAAAGUGGAAAGGAUAUUAAUAAGGGUGAUAAUGUAAUUGUGGAUAGCACUGGGAGGAAGCAAGAGAAACAAAUUAAUGAAACUGAUAAUUCAGAAGUUGUACAAGUCACUAACAUUGAUGAUGUAACAGUACAAAAGAAUCACAAAGAAUGCAACUUGAACAACAACAAUAAUAAUUAUGCCACUUUCUCACAUCGAAAUAUUUGUACACAGAAAACAACUCUCUCAGCUCUGUCUACCCCAAAGACAGCAUUAAGCCAUGCUAUUUGCACUGAAUCACAACAUGCCUUUGCAAAGCUGGACAGUCAGCCUGGAAAUGAAGAAAUAUAUGAGAUAUAUGAACCUCAUGAGAGCUAUUCUAGUGAUACUGUACUUGCACAGGAUGAACAGAAGUCAAAAGAUGAAGAUGCUGUUACUUGUAAGAGUCUUGCUCAAUUCAAUAACAAUGCCACAUGUCAGAAGUCUCGUACGAGCAACACGUUCAGUUUGAAGAAGGCAACUAAUACAACACUGUCUGUGGAUACUGAGUUGUUAUGCACUGGAGAAGAAUCAGAAUAUGACAAAAAAGACAAAAAGCUAAAUACUAUUUUAUCUGACACUCUGAAGAAAUCUCUUCUUAAUAAAGACAACCUGGUUUUAAACUGUGGUCUAAUAGACUCUGCAGAUGUAAGUAAAAAAUCCUGCAGUCCAUAUUCAAAAGAACAUGGAAAUUAUGAUACAGAACUGAAUUAUAUUAACGCUUGUCAAGAAAGUGAAAUAAUCCAAUUGGCAAAGACUGACACAAAUACAAGCUUAGAUUUACUGAGCUCAAGACAUAUGGCUGUUUCAUCACUCCAAGGCAAGAAAGUCAAGUUCAAAUGGCUCACUGCAAAUGAAAAAAUUAAAAAAAUAGAUUUUAUGAUGAAAAUUAAUAAAACAUCCAAGUGGUCAGCUAUGUCUGUCACUCAUUACAAAGUAUGUCAUAAAUAGGUAUUUCUUCAGUCUACUUAUCUUAGUCUUUCAUGAAGAAUUUAAUAUCCAGAGAUUGUAAUACCCAGACUUUAUUCAGUUAGUUUAUAUUUAAGACAAUGAAGAUGUAGAUUUUUUUUUCAUCUGUAAUUAUAAAACACCCCUUGUUUUUCUAUGUUUCUGAACAUUGCAAAGAAUAUUUUAUUACACUGUCCUGGAGAAACAUAAUCCAUUUCAGUAUUUAUUAUUUGUAACAACUUCAAUGUGAAGCACUCAGUGUGCACAAAGGAAGAAAAAUACUUUUAUUGUUUUUUCCAAUGUAUUAGUACUCUAACUGAGCUGUUGCUCCAUGAAAUAUUAUGUACACUGGUUGUGUUAGCUCAUGCUAGAAAAUCUGGGGUUUGGUUGAGAUUUUGGGGGAUUAAUCUUUUUUGUUUCUGUUUUUGCAGUAUAAUGUAAUAUUUAGCUUGAAAUGGAUCAUUAUUGAAUAGUAACCACAGCUGGUUGGUGAAUAGCACUGUUUUGUCAUAUUCCUAGAGCUGCUACUAAGUUAUACUGAGUAACAGGGGAGAAGAAAGUGUGUAAAUUUUAACAAUGAUAAAACUAAACAUCCUAAAUAGAACUGAACCAGGGUUUGGGGACACUGGGCAAUGAAGGCUAGUGGUCGUUUCAGCAAUUAAUUCAAAGUCAUUUUAGCUGAAGCAGCUCUCCAGUGUCACACUUAAACCUGUACAAACUUAUGCAGAUCUAGUAGUUUUUUCUUUAAAACCUAUGCUUAGGUAUUAACAUUUGCUCACUUAACACUAUUCCAUCCUGUAUGAACCAGCAACAUAUAAUUUAACUGUUGACAAUGCAUAAUAAAAAAGCACUUUACAAAAAAUAUUCUGUGAUUUUUUUUAAAG